CCUCCGGGGCCGGAACUGCCCGAAUAGCCUCUGCUUAGCAUAGCGCUGUGUUGCCCCGGAGCGAGCCCAGCCGCUGGCGAGUCUCUGGGGCUGAGCUCUGCGUCUCGAGGAGUCCGUGCAGCCUUGGACAUGAAGAGGUUCCUGUAGGGUUUGGGACCGAGGACAUUCUUGUCAGGUUUGGGGCGUGAAAAGGUUCCUGUCAGUCGGGGAGGCGCCAAGAGAUCCUCCCUUCGUCUAGGGAAGGUGCUUGCCGCUGCCUUCUGACCCCUUAAAGCCCCAAACCUGGCACGACGCAAAACGAUCCACCCCCCAGUGAAGAUGGCCUCGGUGCCUGUGUAUUGCCUCUGCCGACUGCCUUAUGAUGUGACCCGCUUCAUGAUCGAGUGUGACAUGUGCCAGGACUGGUUUCACGGCAGUUGUGUUGGUGUUGAAGAGGAGAAGGCUGCUGAUAUCGACCUAUACCAUUGCCCCAACUGUGAGGUCUUACAUGGGCCCUCAAUUAUGAAAAAACGCCGUGGAUCUUCCAAAGGGCAUGAUACUCACAAGGGGAAACCAGUGAAGACUGGGAGCUCCAUGUUUAUCCGAGAACUCCGGAGUAGGACUUUUGACAGCUCAGAUGAAGUGAUUCUGAAGCCCACUGGAAGUCAGCUGACGGUGGAAUUCCUGGAAGAGAACAGUUUCAGUGUGCCUAUCCUCGUCUUGAAGAAGGAUGGGUUGGGGAUGACUCUACCCUCUCCAUCAUUUACUGUGAGGGAUGUGGAACACUAUGUUGGUUCUGACAAAGAGAUCGAUGUUAUUGAUGUGGCUCGCCAGGCUGACUGCAAGAUGAAACUCGGAGAUUUCGUGAAAUAUUAUUACAGUGGAAAGAGAGAAAAAGUCCUCAAUGUCAUUAGUUUGGAAUUCUCUGAUACCAGGCUUUCAAACCUUGUAGAAACACCCAAGAUUGUUCGAAAGUUGUCAUGGGUGGAGAACUUGUGGCCAGAGGAAUGUGUCUUUGAGAGACCCAAUGUACAGAAGUACUGCCUCAUGAGCGUGCGGGAUAGCUAUACAGAUUUUCACAUUGACUUUGGUGGGACCUCAGUCUGGUACCAUGUGCUUAAGGGUGAGAAGAUCUUCUACUUGAUCCGCCCAACCAAUGCUAAUCUGACUCUCUUUGAAUGCUGGAGCAGCUCCUCUAAUCAGAACGAGAUGUUCUUUGGUGACCAGGUGGAAAAAUGCUACAAGUGUUCUGUGAAGCAAGGACAAACACUUUUCAUUCCUACAGGAUGGAUCCAUGCUGUGCUGACUCCUGUGGACUGCCUAGCAUUUGGAGGAAACUUCUUACAUAGCCUUAACAUUGAAAUGCAGCUCAAAGCCUAUGAAAUUGAGAAGCGGCUGAGCACAGCAGACCUCUUCAAGUUUCCCAACUUUGAGACCAUCUGUUGGUAUGUGGGAAAACACAUUUUGGACAUCUUUCGAGGUUUGCGAGAGAACAGGAGACACCCUGCCUCCUACUUGGUCCAUGGUGGUAAAGCUUUGAACUUGGCCUUUAGAGCCUGGACAAGGAAAGAAGCUCUACCAGACCAUGAGGAUGAGAUCCCGGAGACAGUGCGGACUGUACAGCUCAUUAAAGAUCUGGCUAGGGAGAUCCGCUUGGUGGAAGACAUCUUCCAACAGAACGUUGGGAAGACGAGCAAUAUCUUUGGGCUGCAGAGGAUCUUCCCAGCUGGCUCCAUCCCCUUAACCAGGCCAGCCCAUUCCACUUCAGUAUCCAUGUCCAGGCUGUCACUGCCCUCCAAAAGUGGUUCAAAGAAGAAAGGCCUGAAGCCCAAGGAUAUCUUCAAGAAGGCAGAGCGAAAGGGCAAGGAGAGUUCAGCCUUGGGGCCUGCUGGCCAGUUGAGCUAUAAUCUCAUGGACCCAUACAGUCAUCAGGCACUGAAGACAGGCUCUUCCCAGAAAGCAAAGUUCAACAUCACUGGUACCUGCUUGAAUGAAUCAGAUGAUGACUCACAAGACAUGGACCUUCAUGGCAGUGAGAACCCACUGGCUCUGUUGAUGGCCAAUGGCAGUACCAAGAGGGUAAAGAGCUUAUCCAAGUCUCGGAGAGCCAAAAUUGCAAAGAAGGUAGACAAUGCAAGGCUGGUAUCAGAACAGGUCAUGGGAGAUGAAUUUGACUUGGAUUCAGAUGAUGAGCUGCAGAUUGAUGAGCGACUGGGAAAGGAAAAGGCGAGCCUGAUAAUAAGAUCAAAAUUUCCCCGGAAGUUGCCCCGAGCAAAACCUUGCUCUGACCCCAACCGAAUUCGUGAACCUGGAGAAGUUGAGUUUGACAUUGAGGAGGACUAUACAACAGAUGAGGACAUGGUGGAAGGGGUUGAAAGCAAGCUUGGGAAUGGGAGUGGAGCUGGUGGAAUUCUUGAUCUACUUAAGGCCAGCAGGCAGGUGGGGGGACCUGACUAUGCUGCCCUCACUGAGGCUCCAGCCUCCCCCAGCACUCAAGAGGCCAUCCAGGGCAUGCUGUGUAUGGCCAACCUGCAGUCCUCAUCAUCCUCACCAGCUACCUCCAGCCUGCAGGCUUGGUGGACCGGGGGGCAAGACCGAAGCAGUGGGAGCUCCAGCAGUGGGCUGGGCACUGUGUCUAACAGUCCUGCUUCCCAGCGUACCCCAGGGAAGCGGCCCAUCAAGAGGCCAGCAUACUGGAGAAACGAAAGCGAGGAGGAGGAGAAUGCCAGUCUCGAUGAGCAAGACAGCUUGGGAGCAUGCUUCAAGGAUGCUGAGUAUAUCUAUCCAUCCCUGGAGUCUGAUGAUGAUGACCCUGCUUUGAAAUCGCGACCCAAAAAAAAGAAGAAUUCAGAUGAUGCUCCAUGGAGUCCAAAAGCCCGUGUGACUCCAACUCUGCCCAAGCAGGAUCGUCCUGUUCGUGAGGGCACCCGAGUGGCCUCUAUUGAGACAGGUUUGGCUGCAGCAGCUGCAAAGCUUGCCCAGCAGGAGCUGCAAAAGGCUCAAAAGAAGAAAUAUAUCAAGAAGAAGCCUUUGCUAAAGGAGGCAGAACAGCCUCGCCCUCAAGAUUCCAAUGCCGUCGUUACCGUGUCUGCACCAACACUGGCUACUACUACACCCCAACCUGUCACCUCUUCCUCCUCACCCCAGCCACCUCCUGAGCCUAAACAAGAGGCUCUGUCAGGAAGUCUUGCUGACCAUGAGUAUACUGCUCGUCCCAAUGCCUUUGGCAUGGCUCAGGCAAAUCGAAGCACCACACCCAUGGCCCCUGGAGUCUUCUUGACCCAGAGACGUCCUUCAGUUGGUUCCCAGAGCAGUCAGGCAGGACAAGGAAAGCGUCCUAAAAAGGGCCUGGCCACAGCAAAACAGAGACUUGGCCGCAUCCUGAAAAUCCACAGAAAUGGCAAGUUACUUCUGUGAGCCAAGCCCCACCGUGUCCUACUUCACCCCCUUCACCCCCAUUGCCUUCUUCGUUGUCAACUCGGGGCACUUGUGGAUCCUAUAAGCCCCGGACAAGGUGCAUUGUCCUGCUUUCUUGGGACUGACCAAAGGCACGGACUAUCCCCAACUCCCCUUCUCACUUCCACUAUGAGUACCCUGCCUUCCUUUUCCUGCUCCUCCCACAUAUUUCCCUCCCACCUUGUCUGUACUCUUUCCCGUCCUUCCUCCAUAUUGAAAUGAAUGAUGAGGAGCAGCAUAAAGGGAGUCUGGGCCCUUCAAUUUCCUCGUCAUGAAGUGAGAGGUCCAAUGCUCAACAUUUGCUCCAAAUCCAACCCUGUCUCUAAGCCUGACCACCUCCGCCCAUUUUCCUAUCCUUUCCUCCCAAUCUGGUGGAUAUGCCCUGCCUUCAGUCUUGUUCCUGAAAGAAGAUUGUGGUCUUUAUCUCCUUUUGCCUCUUUUCAUGAGGAAAAUGAAGAGGGCCUUUACUGUCCUAUUAUGGGCCAUCUCCAGAGCUGGCCUAGAAAAGCUGACUUUGUCUUUUGGGGAAAAAAGGAGAUUCCUGUUACCUUUCAAGGUGGGAAGGAAAACAGACCAUGACUGUUGCCUAGCCCACCAGAGGAGACUACUUUUGUCUGACUGCACAUGAAGCCCCAUGAUGAUCUUCAAGAAUUUAUCUGUAUUUUGAGGACCUGUGGGACAUUAUCACCAUAGCUAUAACUGGGUUCCAGCAGGUACAAACCCAUUUCCUAGAAAUCCAAAGUACCUGCCACAUUGAUAACUCUGGCUCUAUAGCCUUCUCCUGCCACCUGUACCACAAAGCACAGCCUGGACCUAAUGGAGAGGGUGUGGUGAGACAACCUAACCCUGCAGGGUCAUUUAUCAGGAAUCUCCAUGCUUCUUUCCCCAUCUGAGGUCUUAGUCUAAAGAAGACUUCAGGACUCAAAUCUUCACCUUUGGACCUUUACUCUUCCAGACCACAGGCCAACAUUCAAGCCUAGUGCAGAUACGAGUCUGAAUUUAGAAACGAUGCCCAUCUGGGAAGUAGAUCUUCUGAUCUACUUUUUUUCUCCUUUCCUUCGUGAUUGUCACCAUUUUCCAGACAGUGCCCCCACUUCCCUUUUGUCUUGCCUUACUGGCAAUCUGGACUUGAUGGAGACUGCCCCCUCCAAAAAAACCCAUUUUGGCACUGCCCAAGUGGGAGUGUCUUCUACCUUCCACUCGUCCUCACCCCAGCUUGCCUAGUGCUUUUGGGGAAUUUAACAGCUAUGAUGCAGACCACAGGGAAUUUGUGAGGCCUCUGUGUUAUCUUUAUGUUUGUGCUUCUUUCUUCCUUUCUUUCUUUCUUUCUUUUUUUUUUUUUUCUAUAGAUCCACCCUUUCCAUCCUUCUUGGAAACAGGGGUACUUUAGUAUAUUGCUUUUUCUACCUUGGGGACCCCAGGGGCCAAGCAGUUCUCCUUUAGUCACACCAAAGGCAAAAGGCCUGGCUACCUCCCCCUUAGCAUGUGAGGUCCCUACUCCCCUCCUUUCUACUCAGCUUUGCUUAUCUUGGAGAUUUCAAGGCAGUAGUGGGGAAAUAUGGAGGAAGCAGGAGAAGCCUCUGACCCUAUGUAGACUAAAGCCUGACUGUUGUCAGCAAAAACAGGUCCCCAGCCCUUUCACCCAUUGAAACUCCAUCUUGAUCUUUCAAAGGCAGCUAAUUGCUAGCACCCUCUCCCCACCCAUUCCAGGCCUCGUUUUCCCUCUGUUUCUUUGUUAGAAGGUUCUGUGGAGCUGAAACCCAGCCUCUGAUGAGGCUUGUUUAGUUUAGUUGGGUUCUCAGAGUCUCCUGUUGUUUUGUGUUGUUUCCAAUGAAAAGCAAGUUUACCCUCAGAGUUAUGCUUUUCCAAAGAAGCUAGUGUGUUUGUUGUUAUUGUUGUUGUUGUGUUGUUUUGUUUUUAUGUUUCAGGUUCUAAGUGAAGUGAGGUGGAGAGGAGUUGGGAAUAACCAAGGUUUAGAACAUGGUGAGAUAGUUACCUCUAAUCUGCAAUCCCCAGCAGAGAGCUGGGAUACGAUAGGAGGGCAGAGAGGAUUUCUAUUCACCUUUAAUAUAUUUUUACAAAAAAAGCAAACAAUUUAAAAACAAACCCACCGCUUCUGUACAUGUCUAAAUAUAUUUUUAGAAGUGGGUAGGAUUGUGAUUUCUGAUGCAGGGCCUUUUUAUAAAUAGGGUAGAAUAGCAUCCAGAUUUUUCUGUUGUUUGUUCCCCUUGUUUUUUCUUAUGUUGUGUUACUAAUGUAAUUUAUAUAUUUUUUAGAUCUCCCUUUCCUGUAGAGAUAAAAGUGAUUUAUCUUGA